CCGUCAUACUUGGUCAUACUGCUUUGAACGCAUUUGAACGGUGCAACGUUCGACCAGUAAUUUCUUUGUUUCUCUACAUAAUAGACAAAUUACGCAAUUUUGAUACUCGUGACCGCAAAUUAAUCAGUCGUAUUUGCGUCAUUAUCCUAGAAAUUUGACGUCUAAAUUGUAUUCAUUUCCAGUUGUUUCCAGCAGAAAGUUAUUCCGUUCUAGUCGAAAUAUGAAUUCACCUUGUAUUUUAUGGAAAGGAUCCUAUGAACACAUGUAAAAAGUAUUAUCUGUUGUGUAAAUAUAAUUGUUUGCAACAAGUUGCUCAAGAUGACAAGUAACAUUCUGAAUCCUUGUAAUAAUACAAAUGUCACACUUGGAAUAGAUGAAGCCUGUCUUAAUAUUUUAAAUUUGUAUUAUUAUCCUGUCAUCUGUUAUUCCAUAGCAUGGGAUGCAUACUGGGGUACUGGUAUGCGAAUGGCCAGUUUAGCACCUUCAACUGAAAUAAAUCUGGUAAUAUCCACAAAAUACCCAUUGCACAUUUACUAUGCAGCAAUUGAAUCUGCUAGAGUCUAUGAAUAUUGUCACACCACAUAUACCUUCAAAGAACAUGGUAGUUAUAGAUGGAAACUAGUAGGACCUCAAUGUCCUGAGAUUGAGAUUAAACGUGAACCAUCAGAAAGCUAUUUGCCAAUUUUUGCAGCAUUUAUGGUAUAUACUUUAUUAGCAAUUAUAUGGACAACAUCAAAGGUGAUUAUAAGAGUAAUAAGAGGCAGAUUAUCACCUGAAAAUGUACAAGAUGAUUUGGUUAGACUUCAGGAAGCAGAAAGCACAACUCAUCCAGUAAUUAGAACUACAAAAGCUAGUACUAGAAUAAGAUCAGUGGAUACGUUCAGGGGAAUUUGUAUACUGUUAAUGAUAUUUGUCAACAAUGGCGGUGGAAAAUAUGUUUUCUUUAAUCAUAGUACAUGGUUUGGACUUACUGUAGCAGAUUUAGUACUUCCCUGGUUUGCAUGGAUUAUGGGUCUGACAAUAACAAUAUCAAAGCGUGCCGAGCUCCGUGUAACAGCUUCGCGCCUAAAAAUAACAUUACGUUGUGUUCGACGAUCGCUAAUAUUAAUAUUCCUUGGACUGAUAUUAAAUUCAACGAAUUUAAUUCAAAAAAUUCAAUUAAAAUCUUUGAGCGAUCUUCGUUUUCCUGGAGUACUUCAAUUACUAGCUGUAUCCUACUUCGUAUGCUCCACGCUGGAAACAAUUUUCAUGAAACCUCAUUCACAAGAUACCUUACUCCAGUUUGGACGUUUCGCUUCGUUCCGAGAUAUCUUGGAUAGUUGGCCCCAGUGGUUGAUUAUGGCCGGCAUUGUAACUACCCAUACUCUUAUUACGUUCCUUCUGCCUGUACCUGGUUGUCCAAAAGGCUACUUUGGACCUGGAGGAAAGUAUGAUCAUCGAGGAAAAUACGUGAAUUGUACCGCUGGUGCAGCUGGUUACAUAGAUAGGACUAUUUUUGGAAAUCAUACGUACUCCAAGACAAUGGAUCCUAUGUAUGGCCAAAUUUCACGUUACGAUCCUGAAGGAUUAAUGAAUACUAUAUCAGCAAUAUUUAUUGUUUAUCUGGGUGUUCAUGCUGGUAAGAUUUUAUUAAUGUAUUAUCAGUAUAAUGGUAGAGUGAUUAGAUGGUUUCUAUGGGCAGUAUUAACGGGUAUUAUUGCUGGAAUCUUAUGUGGUUUUUCCAAGUUUAAUGGAGUAAUUCCAGUUAGCAAAAAAAUGAUGACCUUGUCGUUCGAUUUGACCUGUUCCAGUUUUGCUUUCUUAUUAUAUGCAAUUUUGUACACUCUUGUUGAUUACAAACAAGUUUGGGGUGGAGCUCCAUUUAUUUAUGCGGGAACAAACCCAAUUUUUCUUUAUGUGGGUCACAUUUUAACAAAAGAUUUGUUCCCAUGGUCAUGGCCCAUCCCAUGGCCUUCACACGCAUCUCUUCUUGCUAUGAAUUUAUGGACGACAACUGUGUGGGCAAUAGUCGGGUAUCUUCUUUAUCGAAAGGACAUUAUUAUGACUAUAUAAAAACAUAAGUGUGAGCCGUUUCAACGAGUACUCAUUCAAUGUGUACUUCUUUUCUAAGGCAUGUGCCCUCAUACUUUUAUUGAAAAGAUCACUUCCAGUGAAAUACAAUACAGCACAAUAAUACUGAUCAUAAGGUGCCAGCCUAAUAUCAAGUCUUCUAUAUGGCUUACUGUCAUUAUUUGGAAGAUGACAGACACCCUAAGAAUGAAAUAAUUUUAAAAUACAAUUGUUUCAAUUAAAAAAAUUUUUUAUAAUGUUGAUGUACCAUAAACUUGGUUGGCCCAAAGGAUAUUGUAUCUGUGAUUAAUUUCUUUUUUUCAAGACAUUCUACAACAUCUUUCAAAAGUGAAAUCUUUUUCUUUGAUUCUUUUUCUUUAGAAGUGUAUGUUGGAUGCGUUAAUAAAACAUCAAUAUCUCCACUUUCCUCUUUACCACGUCUGUAGCUUCCACAAAUGGUUACAAUAUAUUGACUACCCAGUUCUGUAAUAGCAUCUUUCAUAUUUUUUUCAACUUGUUCAAUCUCCUCUCUAGGAAUUUUUUUCUCAAAAUCUUCAAAAUAUCUGAGACAAAAAUGUUUCUAUAGAGAGAAUCCAUUUUUUAUGAUUACUUCAUUUUGUUUUUUUGCCAUACUUAAGGCCAAUCUUCUGAUGAUGAUUCAAUUUAUCCUGAUGUUUCUUUAAAUCAUUCAAACUUUUAAUACCAGCAUCCACUAACUCUUUUGCUUUUGCAGGUCCAAUACCGGAUACACGAGUUAACAAAUUAAUUGCAACAUUACUUUCAUCCUUAUUGAUCUAAACAAAUGGAAGAGUCAAGAACAUAUUUUGUUAUGAAAUGGAUUAAAAUACAUACAUCUUCCAA